UCAGUAGUAGUAGCGGUAGUAGUAGUAGUAGUAGUAGUAGUAGUGGUAUCAGUAGUAGUGGUAGUAGUGGUAUCAGUAGUAGUAGUAGCAGUAGCAGCAAGGACCAAAAGAACAUUACUAACACAGACCAGGUCUCGGACUCCUCCCCUGCUGGGUCCUGGGAGGCUAGUUCCUGGAUGUCGACAGAGGAGGCCAGACUCCCACAGGACAGUCCAGACACCACCCUCCGACUAGGAGAUGCCACAGCCUUGACGUCCCACGCAGCCGUCCACACCGACAGCACCGACACUUCCACCACCAUCAGCCGCGCCGGGGAGAGGACCCUGCUGUCCGUCACCUCCUCCUCCAGCAACAGCACCUCCUCCGCCUUUACAGAGGACUCAAACUCCCAUCAGCCCCCUUCCACCUGGGGUAUUUCUGCUCGGUCUACAGACACUGAGGACUAUACUCAGAGCGCCCCGUCCACCAGGACCGACAGUAGAGACACAACAGACCAACACAUGUUCCACUCCUUUAAGGGGAUAUUUCCAGAGACAGGGAGCACAGGGAGGUCCAGAGGAACCCAAGGUUUAACCGGACAACCUAAUGCCACCCAUCAUCAAUACACCUCAACAUCAGAGGAGACCUCAGACUCAACACCACCUCUCAGAGUGACUCAGCCCAGCACUGACCAAUCUGAAGUGUCCUUUACCUCCAUACCUACUGUCACUUCACCUGCACAAGGCCCCACUAACAUCUCAUGGACGGAGCAGGGGUCGGCAUCUAGUGUUACAACAGCCACUGAGUCCUCCACCAUAGCUCACAGAUCCAGCACACAGAACCAGGAGGGUACUGAGGGGGUUUCAUCCCAGACCAGUGAGGACAGCGUGGGCGUGGGUCUGACCACAGCAACACCAGCAGUCAGCAGCAGUACAUCUGAAGUAGACAACUCUCUGACAGACACACCAGUGCUGGUUACCGAGGUCUUCCUCACCAGCACACCUGUCACUGUAACUGAAAGAUCACAGAUAACAGAGGAAAUAACUUUCAAAGCCACUGCGUCCACCACCAACCCCACCACCCCUCCUCUCGUACCUACAACCUCACCCUCCAUGUUCAUCAGCUCGGCUAGCAGCUUGGCUAGCAGCUCGGCUAGCAGCUCCACCCCAGGGUCACUUACCGAGGCCACCAUCCCUCACACAACAUCCUCCUCCACAUCCUCUACCUUGGCCCUUCUGACUACUGCAGCGCACCCUACUCACCGCGCGUCACCCAGCCAAACUCCAGAGCCCUCAACUUGGAUGGCUAACCCCACAAACGCCACCAAUCUGCAGACAGAAACAAGCACAGGCACUCCAGGAAUCGCCACGACUCGUAGCCCGCACGUCACAACCGCCUACGCCCAGAGCUCCCCAACCAAGAGCACGGCGCCGCUGCAGACCACAGGGAGACAGACGGAGAGAGGAACUACAGAGCUGGUGGGCACGACACCACCCACCAAGGCACCAACACCCCCAAGAAACCCUUGCGUGUCAAACCCUUGUAUGAACGGAGGGAUGUGUGUGAGCUAUAAGGGGCAUCAAUUCACCUGCCACUGUCAGCAGGCAUGGACAGGACCAACCUGCAACCAGGAUGUGGACGAGUGUGAGAGGGACCCCUGCCCCGUCGGGUCCAAGUGUGUCAACACACGAGGUUCCUUUAGCUGUGAAUGUCCGCUCGGGUUUGACCUGGAGGAUGGACGCACGUGCACCAGAGCAAAGGCGUUUCUGGGAACCUUCAGUGUUAACAGACUGCCACAUGACCCUGUUAUCUUCAAGAGCGCCACCAUGCAUGAGAUCCAGAGGGAGAUCAUCCAGCUGCUCAAUGCUUCUUUGUCAGUCCUCCGAGGGUACAGCCGCUCAACGCUGAUUAAGAAAGGAGAGGACGGGGUUCGUAUCUCAGCUGUCAACAUGUUUUCCAUUACCACCGAUGUGACGGGCACAGAGGUCUACAACAGCAUCCAGAUGUCGCUCAGCAACUGCAGCUCCGCAGUGGCCCACUGUCGGAUGGUCCUGCACCACCAGCUCAGUUACCACGUGGAAAGUCUGUGUGUGGCCCAGAAGACUCAGUGUGAUGCAGAGCGCUCCACCUGCACCGACAACAGCGGCACAGCCAACUGCCGGUGUCUUCAAGGUUACUACAAACACGACCCCGAUGACCUGUCCUGCUUAGAAUGUGGCGAUGGCUACAAGCUGGAAAAUGGCACCUGUGUUCCGUGCAUGUUUGGAUUUGGAGGAUUCAACUGUGGAAACUUUUACAAGCUGAUCGCAAUCGUGGUGUCACCUGCAGGAGGCGCUCUGCUCCUCAUGCUCAUCAUUGCUCUCAUUGUCACCUGUUGCAAGAAAGACAAGAAUGACAUCAACAAGAUCAUCUUCAAGAGUGGAGACCUGCAGAUGUCCCCAUACGCAGACUUCCCCAAAAAUAACCGCAUAUCCACAGAGUGGGGCAGGGAGACCAUAGAGAUGCAAGAGAACGGCAGCACCAAGAACCUGCUGCAGAUGACUGACAUUUACUACUCUCCUGCGUUGCGUAACUCAGACCUCGAGAGAAAUGGCCUGUAUCCGUUCACGGGCCUGCCGGGUUCUCGACAUUCGUGCAUCUACCCCGCCCAGUGGAACCCUUCCUUCAUCAGUGACGAUUCACGAAGACGAGACUACUUCUAACUGCGCCACCUUAAAAGAACACACACGCACACACACACACACACACACACACACACACAGAAACUUACUGUCUCUUAUAUUAUAAAUUGUGUGAUCUGAUAUGAUGUUUUUCUGUCACACUUAGAGCCCAGUUGAUCAUAUGUAGGGCUGCACACUUAACUAUGUAAAUGCAGUGUGUGUGUGUGUGUGUGUGUGUGUAUGUGUGUGUGUGUGCAUAUUAUGUAAGUGCACAUUUUUUGCAAGUAAAAUGUUUCCUGAGUGCCAUUGUGUGACCAUUUCAGUAUUUUGCAUGUUUUAGCUCAUUUACUUUAUCUCACACAUUUCAUUGCUGCGGUGUUGGCAAAGACGUUCCAUUUUUUUUUCCUGCCUCACAGGUGGCUGCUGACUCACUUCCUCACCAUAGGAUGAAAAUCAAUACGCAGACGCUCGAAACGUGCUUGAGGUAGAUAAUUCCUGACAGUAAAUAAUCAUAGUCUUGUUUCUGCCUGAUAACU